UGGGUGAGUGUUGAAACGUCACCAGCCAUUAUGCUGUAAUCACUAGAGUCAAACUAUCAGAAAUUUUGACGUAUAAAACUAGUAAGUGUGCCAUUAGAGCAUGCUCAAAAACUUCUUUUAACUUUAUUGACAAAUCAUUUGAAGUAUGUUUAAGAACUGGGGAACCUGGCUCGGGAUAGAAAACGAAAAUGGCCAAGUUAAACAAGAGAGCGAGUCUAACGUUACUGUUGAUGAUACUGAAGACACGAAUCACGGAAUAAACAAACCGACUGAUGUAGCUGAAAGUGAGCAGAACAGUGAGAAAGACGCUCAAACGCCCCAACUUCUCGAAAAAGCGAAGGGUUUCAGUGGUUACAUCUAUAAUUUCGCCAGCAAUGCCUCCAAGAAACUGUCCGAGUCUGUCGUUGAAACAGCACAAACCUUAAAGAAAAGUGUGGAGGAGGGGAACAUAAAUGGGAUUAUUGAUAAGACCAUUUUGGGGGAUUUCCAGAAAGAGCAAGAAAAGUUUGUUCAGGAGAAAAAAUCAAAACAGUUUGGUGCUGCUGUGCCCCCAUGGGUGGGUUAUAAUGAAGAGGACACCAUACAGCAUCAGAUCUUGGCUCUCUCAGCUGACAAACGAAAUUUUUUGCGUGACCCUCCUGCUGGGGUGCAAUUUCACUUUGACUUUGAGCAAAUGUAUCCAGUCGCCAUGGUGAUGUUAGAGGAAGAUGAGCUGCUCAGGAAGAUGCGCUUCCAUCUGGUCCCCAAACAGGUGAAAGAGGAGGUGUUCUGGAAGAAUUACUUUUACCGUGUGUCCUUGAUAAAACAGUCAGCUCAGCUCACAGCUCUAGCAGCACAACAGGCUGCUGAGCGGAGGGACGUCGAGAAAACUGGGUCCAGUCCUGAGGAUGUCCAUCAAAAGGAUGUAGUUAAACGGAAAACUCCCGCUGCCAUCAGCUGUUCCAAACCAAAGCCCAGUGAGGAUGAAGAGGAGAUCUCCACCAGCCCGCCUGCAACUGAAUUUGUGAGCGAUGCUUUUGACUCAUGUAAGAUAAACGAAGACGACCUACGCAAGGAAAUAGAACAACUUGUUCUAGACAAGAGGGAACAUCCAAACACGCAACAGGAGGACUCUGCAGACUGGGAGAAAGAGUUGCAGGAGGAACUUCAGGAGUACGAUGUGUUGCCUGAUACUGAGAACUGUGAUGACAAUUGGGACAGAGAGAUUGAAGAGAUGCUUAAGGAGGACAAUUAGAGCAAUUACACAGACCCCUUUAAGGUCAGAAACAUAAGCCAAUUGUGAUGAUAAAUGUCAGUAUCUGCAUAAUAUUUUUGGAUACUCUCAGAAUUGUCAAGAUUGAGAAAUACCACUGAACAUCAUCAAAAUGUUAAUGUUUCCAUGGCUAGAAAUAGAGGAUAAAUGGUCCUGCAGCUCAAAAGAAUCUGAAUUUGAAAAUCUGAGUACGACUUUCUGUGGAUAAAGAUACAUGUGAAUAUUACAUCCUGAUUAAAAAGUCCAGGCAAUGAAUGAAGAUAUGCAGCAGCCCAAAUACCGAAAAGAGAAGGCUUGUAUGAAAUCAUAGACUUUAGCUUUGAUGUGUCUUCCUAGCUAGACUAAUUAGUCUUCUGCAGAAAUAAUAUUAAUUGAAACAUUAACUAAAUCAAGUAUUAUUACAGUUUUAGAGGAUUUCAUAUGAGCGACAGGACAUGUAUGGUAUAUUUUGGGAGAAAAGUUUAUCCUAUGACUGAGCCAACUUAUUUUAUAAAUGGAAAUGAUAUUAUUGUGAUAUCACUUGUUAAAUGCUGUUGAAUGACUGACCAUGUAUAUUUUAUUUUAUUUUUUUCUCCACAUGCACACAUACUGUAGACGCUGAUAUAAUGUGUGGAUAUGCCUGUCCAAACAAGCUGGGUGUUCUUCCUGUUUACACCAAACUUUAUUCAGAAAAAAACAGACUCAAAGCCAUUGUCUUUUGUGUUUAUACUUAUGCAAACUGCAGUGUAUUGUUACAUUGUAUUAUGAAAAUGUUUAUAUAAACAUAAACUCUAUUAUUGAAUUAAAAUGUCUUUUUUCUUGAAUUGAUACAUGUGGUUCUGUUUUGUGUACGGGUUGUUCUUACAGUGUUUUAUCAGAGAAAAAAAACAAAACAAAACCAAAGCAUAUCUUUUUCUCAGGUUAGCUGAAAACCUCUCAUGCCCAGCGAGCGUACUUCAAACGUCUUUGUCAGUGUGUAACAACACUUUGAGAGACAUUUGCUCUUUUCAUUACUAAAACUCAACAGUCCACUCCUUACAUGCUGUGGGUGACCAGUGAAGAAUGAGAGGAAACAAGCUGUUUGUGACAGUACAGGCUCUCUGUCCCGGAGUACUCUUUAUUGCUGAACUUGACAGGAAAACACAAUCUUCCUCCUUUGCCUAUUGUAGACACUGUAACAGCAAACUACACAAUUCAUCCUUUGUCAGAAAACACAAGUCCAGUAAUAUAAUAAACAGGUUGCACUGCAUUCAUGCUUCAGCUACUGUAUAUUUAACUUUUCUCACAGUAUAGAAUAGCAUAGAUUCUAUCGGUCACACUUCUGAGAUACAGCAUAUCAUGUACUGCAUACAUUACACAUGAAAAUGCUCAUUUAAAAUAAUACAAAAGUUAUAAUAGGAAGAUUUCAAUAUUUCAACUGUGAUAUACAGAAGAUGUUGCAAAAUAGGAAAACCAAAAAGUGAGCAUAUAUAAAGAUUUUGGUUUUAGUUUAAACAAUACCAGCUUCUUAAAAAUGUACAUAGUGUGCAAGAGAAGAUAAAAUACAGAUAGAAUGCCAGUUCAUGUUUGUACAGUCCUGUGCACAAGGCAUUUUACAUUUUACUAGGUUUCUAUUAUUUUUAAUUACUCAUCCAAGUGGCUGGAAAUCACUGACACCACUGAUGUUUUAUUCAUGUUCAUUCAAGUUUUAACUAUCUUUUUUUCAGAGUCACAGUAGUAACACAGUAGUAGUAAAUCGGUAAGUUUACAUGCUAUACAGUGUUUGACUUUGUCAGUGGCCAAAGCUUCUUGGUUUUUAACAUUACCAAUUUGGGGUAGACAGUGAAACGGCUUUUUAAACGGCCUUGCACACCCUCACAGGUGUUUUCAGUUAGUCUUCCUGAUGAGCUUAGGAGGUUGUAGUUGGGUGGAACUAUUACAUGAAGUUACCAAACUCCAUGUGCUGAUGGGAAACAAAGGUCUAAAUAGGUUGUGAAACAAAGCUAACAGGAGAAUGAGGGAGAUGUCAAUCAGACACAGUCCAGGCAAAGUAUCUGAAAACACCUGUGAGGGUGGAUGUUAGGUGUGCGAAGGUUUUAAGGUCAAAUACUCAGCAGAGAUGCCUCGGCUUUAAAUUGUUGUGUCAGAGUUCUGUAUGAUUGGCACAGGUCUGUUUUUAUAUAACACUGUUAUUAAACAAUUCUUAAGUCAUAAUCACAUCCAGUCUGAAAGUGUAAAGUUAAAGCUGCAUUAAUCAGAUAUUUUUUUUAGAUUAACAUUAAAUCAAAUGAAUACAUUUAAGUAUAAAAGGUGUAGCUCAUAGUAAAGAAUCCAAAGAGCAACUUCAACUCUGUAGCUCUGAGGUGCUUUUUUUUUUUCUUCCUUUUUAGCUUCUUUUAGCUCACUGUUUUGGUUUGGUAUGUUCAGUCUCACCACUCUCAUUAACCCAUUUUCUAGCAACAGCAGCCAGUUGUAUCCAGUAAACAAGCUCUGAAAAGUCCAGUGUAGGUAGUAACUAGCUGGUAAACAAAGUCAAAUACCUGGGAGCUUAAGAUCCAGAUAUUAUUCUCAGUAGUUGGUGGAAACCAAAACAGAGCUAAAGGGCUGUGAAUAUCAACAGGUGGUCAGAAACAUGACCGCAAUGAGAUGAUGAUGUUGCGCCAAGCUUUUUUUUUUUUUUUUUUUGCUAACAA